AUGCCAUAUGCCAAGAAACGUGAUCAAAAGAACGACCCCUUCUGGGCCCACGGCGGUUGGGGGGCGGUCGAAACAGCUAUUGGAUCAUCUGAUAACAAGGUGUCAAUGAUGGUCAACCCACUCCCUCUUUUCCCGAAGUCGAGCAUUUAUCCGGAUUUUAUGAUCGAGCCAGCAACGGCAGCGGCAGCUAGAGCGUAUACAAUUAUAAAAAGGGAAAUGCAACUGACUGACAACGAAGCAAACCUUGGUACCCCACAAGACACCGGAUUCUCGAUUUUCGUGUGUCUUGCUGUCUCCAGACAUUCCACCGAAAAAGAGCGUUCAGAGCACCUCAAGAUUAUCCUAGAUGGCCUGAGAUGGCGGUUCCAGGGGCAAGAGCGCUUCGUACUGGUACGGCAAGAGAUGGUGAAACAUAGGUUGUGGUCCAUGGAGUGCGUCAUGAGGAGGACCAGUCUUGACACUGCGGGCGGAGAUGUGUUCCUCGCUAUAUCCAGCGCACUUGAACGUUUCGAGUAUGUACAGGACUUGAUUAACAACAAUGAAGGGUCCGAACGAGUUCCAGAAGAUUGUUUGCGAGGUUCAUUCGAAGGCCCAACGUAUUGGCUUGCUACAUUGAUCGCGCGCUGUGGCACGAACAAUAUUCUGAAGGUCGUUGACUGGUUAGAGACAUCACAGUACUUUGGUCCCAUGUCGGAAGAUGGCCCGCUUGACGAUGUUAAAGAUGUGGACUAUGUUGGCUAUGUUGAUGGUGUUGCGGCGCUCUUUGGCUCAUCGGACAUAUCACAAUACUUCGGUUUCAUGUCGCAAGAGGACCCAAUUGACGAUGCUGACGAUAUUGAUGAUAUCAAGACCAAAGGAACGGAUGAGAGCAAAUACAUCAACUGUCCAAAGGGCGAAUUCAGUACGCUGACCAACCAUCGAGUUGGCUUCAUCCUUCCCUAUGGACAGUCCAUCCGCGCUUGGGCAACUUUGACGGCUAAGAGGUACGAGGAUGUCUUGAAUUCUUACACGGACAUGUGCGGUGCUGACUCCUGGGAGAUGGACCCGCGCUUCGCAGCCAUUCUGCAAGAGUUCAGCCAGUCCUUACCUCAUGAGUAUGAGACUGUCCUAGAGACCAGCAGAGAAGACAUGUGA